AUGGCCAGUGAAAAAGAAGAUCACUUAGAAAAUUUGGUGGACUCAUUCCGUACCCUUCUCGACGAAGCUCUCAUUGUAGCUAUAGCAAGCGACUACAACCUCAAGAAUCCAUCUGCUUAUAAACAGGCGCAGCGCACUCUACAGGACUUGGCGCAAGGUGUUCUGUCGGAAGAAGCAUCUGGCUUCAAUCCCAGCGGCAUUCCUCAAGUACCUGAAGGAGAGCCGCAAGCUACUUAUGAUGAGCUGACGGUAACGUCAACUACCAGUGCAAGUCGCCAGGCCUCACAGGCUCGCAUCACAGACAACUCGAGCACGGACAAUUCAUCAUGCGUGUCAGAUCUGCCCACUUCCAAGCCUAGAUUGACAACAUUCAACGAAGACAGCGAGGAGAAUAAGUUGCUCUUGCUGCAGAGUAUGUUUGCCGAUUUGAAGGAAUUUGAUGUUCAGUAUGCUCUGAAACAAGCCAAUGGAGACUUUCAGACUGCGCUGGAUGAUCUCCUGAAUGUUCAGUAUUUACAGUCGACCGGCCAGCAGAUGAAAGGCGUUGAUGGCUUCUUCGAGCCAGAGAGCAGUCGGUGCAAGGGAAAGAAGAAAAGGGAAGGCAAAAGGAAAGUCCCGUCCGAUGGAGAUCAGUCGAGUGAUGGCGCAUCGUUUCCCAGCUUCGCUAGCGAAGCACGCAGCCAGGAUGAGAUCGACUACAUAGCAGAGAGAUUCAGCAUUCGAUCUGAUCAGGUAUAUCCCAUCUAUUACAAGUUCCAGUGCUCCAAAGCCGCCACUGUCGUUGAGCUUCUAAACCAGUACAUCUCCUACGGUAUCGGAAGCCAAGAUGAAAGCGGCAAAGGAAACGCCGAACGCCUCGCCAAAAAUUACCGGCACGUCCCUCAGAAGUACAUGCCUGCCGUCGUCCAUGUCGCCGGUCACAUUCCGCAGUUCGCAGACGACAUCGCUGCUCUUCUCAACAAGCAUUUCUCAAAGCAACCCAAGAUCAAGAAAAUGGAUCUUUCGUAUCGCCUCACGCCUCUCCCACAAGCCGACAUCGAAGGCGGGAGGGAUAUGACGACGCUGUCCCAAGCGGGCGCAACGCCGGCAGUGGAACUAGUUGCAAAGCAUUCAUCCAUGAAUAACAUGAACUUGGAAGAAGCCAUGAGCCGCGCGAAUAAAUUCCACCAAGCUAGCCGCGAUGCCGCGGCGUCCGCAGUGCAGAUGCAUCGUCGGGGCUCAUCUAGUCCGCUCUAUAGACAGGCAGCCAGCUAUUACUCCGACCAGGCUCGAGAACAAGGCCGAUACGCCCAGACUACCACAUCUGCAGCAGCUGAUAUUCUCGUUGCCAAACGCAGCACGCGUUACUGCGUUGAUUUGCAUGGUGUUUUGGUACAGGACGGAGUGAGAAUUGCACGGCAACAAGUUCGAGAGUGGUGGGGCGGAUUGGGUGAAUCAAGGGCGAAAAAGUUGAGGGACGAUGGCGGUUUUACCGUCAUUACUGGUCUGGGUCGUCACAGUGCCGGUGGUGUGUCACGUAUGAGGCAAGCUGUCGCGGCAGCCUUGCUGCAGGAUGGAUGGGAGUUGAGGGUCGAGACGGGAAGGUUCGUCGUCACCGGACGAAGAUAG